AUGAAGUUCAUGAAAGUGGGCCGUGUGGCCAUCAUCACCCGUGGCCGCUACGCCGGUAAGAAGGUCGUCAUUGUCCAGCCCGUUGAUGCUGGCUCCAAGUCGCACCCCUUCUCCUACGCCAUUGUCGCCGGUAUCGAGCGUUACCCCCUCAAGGUUACCCGUGGUAUGGGCAAGAAGCUCGUCGACCGCCGCAGCCGCAUCAAGCCUUUUAUCAAGGUCGUCAACUACAACCACUUGAUGCCCACCCGUUACACUCUCGAGCUUGAGGGUCUUAAGGGUACCGUCACCAACGACACCUUCAAGGAGGUUUCCCAGCGCGAAGACGCCAAGAAGACCAUCAAGAAGGCUCUUGAGGACCGUUACACCAGCGGAAAGAACCGUUGGUUCUUCACUGCCCUGCGUUUCUAA